AUGUCGAAGCCCUCGGACCUGGCGCCAUGGGAGAGCGCCGUUGCCGGUGCGGCUGGUGCUGUAUUUGCCAAUGCCCUAGUAUACCCGCUUGAUAUCGUCAAGACAAGAUUACAAGUGCAAAUCAAGAAGAGAAACCAGAUUGUGCAACAUACCGAAGAACACCACCACUACGAAUCGACGUUUGACGCGAUCAAGAAAAUUGUCGAACACGAGGGGAUUCACGGUCUCUAUUCCGGAAUCCACGGUGCCUUGCUCGGCGUAGCGUCGACCAACUUCGCAUAUUUCUACUGGUACUCGGUGGUGCGCGGCCUGUACACAAAAUACGAGACUGCGCCGGGCCAGCAUCCGGGCACAGCAGUUGAAUUGUCUUUGGGCGCUGUCGCCGGAGCAAUUGCGCAGAUAUUCACAAUCCCCGUGGCCGUGAUUACAACGCGGCAGCAAACACAACCCAAGGGCCACAAGAAGGGCUUUUGGGAGACGGGGAAAGAAGUCGUUCACAGCGAGGAUGGCUGGAGCGGUCUUUGGAGAGGCCUCAAGGCCUCGCUCGUGCUGUGUGUCAACCCAGCAAUCACAUAUGGCGCAUAUCAGCGUCUGAAGGAUAUCUUGUAUCCGAACGUCGAGAGAUUACACCCUUGGCAGUCUUUCCUCCUCGGCGCUCUGUCCAAAUCCAUAGCCACCAUCACCACUCAGCCACUUAUUGUCGCGAAGGUCGGUCUCCAGUCCCGACCCCCUCCAGCUCGUGAGGGCAAGCCUUUCAAGAGUUUCGGCGAGGUCAUGGCCUACAUUGUCGAGCAUGAAGGUCCUCUUGCUCUCUUCAAGGGAAUCGGCCCUCAGUUGGUCAAGGGCUUGCUGGUACAAGGUCUUCUUAUGAUGACCAAGGAACGCGUUGAACUCCUGUUCAUUUUACUCUUCACUUAUAUCCGUGUCGUCAAGGAGAGGAGAUUGAAGGCUGCCGCGGAGAAGUUGAAGGCCAAUGUUGCACCGUUGGCCAAUGGGCUCAAGAGCAGGACUAUGCCCGUGGCGGAGAAUGUGCUCGACAGAGCCAAGGCCGCCAUUCCGGCUACUGUCAAAUAA